AUGAGAAGCGGAAAGCUUGUGCCGAGCGGUAGCACUGAUGCCAUCUCGUUUCAUUGCUGUCAUUCCGAUGCAGACACGUUGUUGAAGGGCCCAGCCGAAUCUUCCGGGACUAUGCGAUCUGCGGCAGCUGUGGCUGGCGAAGGGCAGCGACAGCAGCAAGCCAAAGGUGCCAGGAAAAGACUCCACAGCGCCUCUUUGGAGGCAACGGAGACCGGUCGUCGUGUUGCGAGCCUUGGCUCUUCGGCGCAUCGCAAGGACCGCAAGGACGCUCAGAGCCCGUCGUCGCCGCUUGGCUCUGGGCCUCCUCGCAGCUCGCCUGCAGACAGCGCGGAUCGGCUCGGCCUUCUGCAAGCGGUGAUGCGGGGGGUGUGGAGCGUUUCCGGCAGCAGCGAAGGACAUUGCACGCGUGAUGUGGGGAGCUCGCCUCAUGAUAAGAUCAGAGAAGGCAGUUGUGCAGCCACCGCCCGUUUCCCUGCCGUCAAUUUUAGAAGGUGUGGAGCGUGA